AUGGAGAGAGCAUCUCAAGAACUGCAUCUCACCCAUCUCUCGUACACCAGCCGGCUGCCCGAGAAGGAUGAAGAAGCGUUACUCAAGGUAGCAGCGGUGAUCGAGAAGAUGGUCGAGAGGGGUGUCUCAGGACUGAGCUCGAUGCCGGAAGGCUUGCGUCGUUGGCUUCGAAGUGCAGAGAUGCACAAGCCAGACGUGAGACCGCUAUCCCGGUUGCAGAAUCCAGAGAGUCAAGAACGGUACACCGGGUACUGGAAGCGAAUGGUUUGUUACUGUCUACGAGUAUGGUGCACUCGUCACGAAGCCACGGACAGCGAGUCAAGUGGCGAUGGCAGCAACAAUGACGAUACCGAAAGCGACAGCGAUGAGGUAAACAGUGUGUACAAUGCUAACGCCAACACUGAUGAGGUAAACAGUGUGUACAAUGCUAACACCAACACUGAUACCGACGACGACGACGACGACGACGACGACGACGACGACGACGACGACGACAAUUCCGACACAGAUCCACAACACGAUCAAGGCAGACGGCAAGCACAAGAUCACAUGCACGAUGCUCGGAGGCUCUUCCCAUGGAACGACCAACUCGAAAGAGCAUUAGAGGAGGUGUGGAGAUUGAUCGUUCUCGAGGGAGACACAUCAUCCGUGUGGAACGACCGCUUCGACAGCGCUCUAAUCCAUUUCAUGGCCGUGAUGGGCAUCGACGAGACCAACGCUCGGCUACGCGAUGGCAACGACUACUCUUACAUGAUCGCCGGACUGGUGUACGUGUCCAGGAUCGUGACCGCCGAAGCUCUGCUCCCAUCACUCGACCGCGAAAACCAAGGGGAGGCCGACUUCGAGGCAUUUCUCGAGCAGAGAAAAGAGUUUCUAGCCGACGGAUCGAUGAGCGUGAUGGGAGAGAUGUUGAGCUUGCUAGCGUACGGAAAGAAGAUCGCAAAGAACUUCCACGCCCAGGGGGAAGCUGCACUGGACUCACGACGGAGCCGGCGGGAUCUCAUGUGGGCAGGCCGCAAGGCAGAUCGCUUCGUGUUAGAUCUCGAUAGCAUCACCGACGACAUGACGGUGAAGAAGAGAGGCUGGUACUUCGGUGCCGACCCGAACCAGGAUCUCGAAGCACAAGGUCUCGACUGGAUGUUGAAGAGGAUGCUAGGCUCGAACCAGGGGAAGAAGAUGCGCAGAGGUGACCAGUGGCAGUCGAGACUGGUGGCCAACUAUCUCCGGAGGGUGGACAAGUUCAGGGAGCUGUUCAUAUUCUGCGUGCACGUCUUGAGCGGCCAGCCCGCCAGAGGAACCGAGAUCACCAGUCUGCGCUUCCGCAACGGAGUGGCCAACCACCGCAACGUCUUCGUCUUGGACGGCAGAGUGAUGACGGUGACGAGCUACCACAAGUCACAAGCAAUGCUCGACAUGCCCAAGAUGGUGCCACGCUUCUUGCCGUGGAAACUGGGUCAGAUCGCGGUCAUCUAUCUCACCCACGUGCGGGCGUUCGCCGAGUUGCUGUCGGUGCAGGUACAGUACGGUCAAGGAUGGAGUGACUACAUCUGGGCGGACUCGCACGGCCCGUGGGAGACGCAGAAGCUCACCGACACGAUGAAACGAGAGACGGCCAAACGACUGAAGGCCAAGCUACACACCCAGAACUACAGACACGCCGCCGUCUUUCUAGGCAGGAGAUUCGUCGGACCGAGGUUCGCCAAAGGCUACCGAGAGGAGGCCGAAGAUCCGGAAGAAGCCCAGGCGGGUGAUAUGGAUGACGAUCUCGAGGAGGGCAACGCGAUCGAGCUACAGAAAGCCGGCGGCUUCGGCACCGGAGCCGGCAGAUACGCGGUCAGAGCGGACAUCUUGAAGUAUCUCAACCAAGAGUCGAUCGACAUCUUCGGCGAUCUCAGCGAAAGCUGGCACAGGUUUUUCGAGCUCGACCACAGAGAUCCGAAGAGGAAAAGAAAGGCCGAGAGCAGCAGCAACAAAGACGAUGGGAUGCAAACCGGAGGAGCUGUUACUGUUGCCGCCACUCCGACGACAGUAGAUCUCUCACCGUUCUUACAACAAUCCGAAAGGCAGCAGAAGGAGAUCGAAGACUUGCGGAUGAAGCUCAAGGCACAAGAAUUCGAACUGACAAGACUUCGAGGAGAGGAGCUGCAGCAGGGACGACAGCAACCCAUGACCCCCAUCGUUGGCUUGGGCAUCUACUCGAACAACAACAACAACGGAAUGCCGACCCCGGUGACAGAGGGAAACAGGCACGACUCACACAACGAUGAUGCCAACGACAAGAACGACAGCAACGAAGUCAUCUACAUCGACGAUGACGAUAAUGAUGACAACCACCACGACGAAUCCAGGUACUCUCCAAGGUGCAGCGGCAGGAACCACCAACAGCAUCUGCAGCAGCACGUAGACGACAGUCCGAUCAUCGAACGAAGCCGAAGAAGGCGCGAGAGGCUGCAACGCUACAGAAGACCGACGGCACAGGAAAAGGAGAGGGCUAUACGCAAAGCACUCAAGAAACCAAUGGACGACGACGCGGUGACGAUCAGAUACAGAUCGAAAGCACAAGGAGAAGCGCUCGGGAGAAUCAUGGACGGUGGGUUCAACGUUCUCACCGUCGUUCUGCCGACAGCCGGAGGCAAGACUCUACUCUUCACCGCACCCGCUUGUCUGGAAGAAGACGUCGGGGUGACCAUCGUGGUGGUACCGUUCCGCAAGCUCAUCGACGAGACGGUGCGAGAAGCACAAAAGACGGUGGGUGACUGUGAAGAAUGGAGUCACAGCACCGUCGAUCCAGCAGCUCUCGUGGUCGUCAGCGUGGACAAGAUGCACGAUCACUUCUGGUCGUACGCACGGCAGAUGGCGGAGCAGGGCCGACUGAGACGAGUGGUGGUGGACGAGUGCCACUUGCUGGUGACUUCGCACAGCUGGAGACCGCAUCUCGUGGAGCUGGAGAAGCUCAAGUCACUAGGAGUACCGAUGGUGAUGCUGACGGCCACACUCCCAAGGUACAUGGAGGUCGAGCUACGACGAAGUCUAGGUAUCGGCAUCGGAAUGAUGUCGCUCAUACGAGCAUGCACGGUGAGGGAGAACAUCACUUACACCGUCAGACAGGACAUCGGCAAAGGCAAGCUGGUCGAAGAGACGGCCAGAGUGUGCGAAGAGGUCGCCGACGAGCUACGGAGCACCAGGAAAGAGAAGGCCGUCGUCUACUGCCGAAGCAAGAAAGACUGCGAGGAGAUGGCGGAAAAGCUAGGCUGCGGCUUCUUCUACGCCGGACACGUCGACGGCGGGGAAACGCUAGAGCAGUGGAAGGCGAACGGCGGCUUCAUCGUGUCGACGACAGCUCUCAGCACCGGACUCAACUACGAGGCCGUCAAGGCGGUCAUCCACUCGGGACUGCCAUACGGACUGAUCGAGUUCGCCCAAGCAUCGGGCAGAGCGGGUCGAGAUCCCAACGAGAGAGUGGACUCGAUCGUACUGCUGGAGCAAGGGUGGGAGGAAGAAGAGCAAGGGACGCGGGAGCGUUACAACGAGGCACUCGGACCGGACGGAGCAGCGAUGAUGGAGUACAUCAAGACGGAGGGUUGUCGAAGGCUGGUGCUAGGCAAGUACUUCGAUGCGGCAGAAACGAUCCAGGAGUGUCACGACAGCAGCAGCAGCGGCAGCGACAACAACAACAGCGAGACCGAGAGCGAGACGAACUGUAGUAAUGGCGGCAGCCGCCAGCAUCACGCCCCAAAGCUCCGUGCGACAGGUGUGGUGGUGGAAUGGUGGCAGCAGCUGGAAAAGGAGAUGGUCGAAGAGGCUCUAGACGAGAUGAAGCUCGGCUGUCCGAUGUGUUGGAUGAAGUCAGAAGAGAAAGACUCACAUCUGGAGCACGGUGGCCGGGAGUGCGAGAGUCGAGAGCUGACGGUGACAGACGAGGCCGACGAAACGACAAUUGUCGAUGUUGACACAUUCCGGAAGCAGAUCAAAUACGCAAAGGCGAGCAAGGCUUGCAGGAAGUGCGGCAUCAACCAGAGGAUGUGCAACACCAGGGAAGACGCCAAACGAAAAUGCCAGUGGCCCGGCAUAGCAGUACCGGUGUUGAUGACAGCAGUUCGAGAUCCGAUCGGGAGGAACAUCAUCCGAAAAGCCGGCUUCGAACCGAAUCGAGUGGUGGAAGAGGAGAAGGAGGGGUGGAAGGCUUACGCAGCGUGGUGCGGCCAGGCCAGAGACAGGCGGAUAUGGGGAGAGAUGAUGAGCAAUUCUGAUGAGAAGGAGGACAAGGAUGAUGAUGAUACUUCAUCAUUCGAGGAUCUGGACAUGGAUGAAGACGACUUUAUCAUGAUCGAUGCCGGGACCAUGGAAGCUACAACAACAACAACAACCGCCACCACGGCUAGAGCGACAGCACCAGCAGCAGCAGCAACAGAAACAGAAGUGGGAGAACGACAAGAGACCCCGGAAGCCCGAGCUACAGCCGUGGAAGAACUGGAACACAGCAGACAGAUCCCCCGAGUGUCGAAACGUCCGAUGUGCUCGGAUAUCAGCAGCAGAGAA